AACAUCAAAAACCAACCUUAAAAUAUUGUGGAAAAAAGUGAGAAAAAACCAAUUCGAGAAGAACCUAGCCGACAGUGCAGCCGCGCAGAGAAUUAAUAUUGUAAGGCUGACGACUGAGGUGGCAGCUGGUCAAAUGGUUUAGGCGCAGGCGCGUGCCAAUUCGAUCGAAUUCACUGAAAAUCCGUCGUCAUCGUUUGCAAAAUCGUAUGAAUCAGCUGGCCCUUGUCAAUAGACGAGAGUAUUAUUAUCACAGGCAGGCCACUGCGUCUCCCCCACCGUCACACCGUAUCGUCGUCGUUGCGGUCCAUUCUAGACCGGGUGCCGUGAGUGAGUUGUCCGUAUGCCGCGAUCGUGGCAGUGUCGUUGUCGUUUGUGUUCGGUGUCACAGUCGUCCGAUAUGUUGUGCGCGGUGUGGUAGAUUCGUUGGUCCCGGUGGUCGAGGGGGGGGGUUAUCGGUCACGAUCCGUCGAAUAAAAAGUAAAAAAAAAUUAAUUAGUAUUGAGAAGAAAACCAAUACCUAGGUGUUGAUCGCGACGGAUUCGAAACCGCGGUAUAAUAACCGAGCACUGAUCACGGGGGCAUAGGUAUUUUUGUAGACGCACGCUGUACGCGACACAUGACUUGUGACUUAAUGUGCAGUCAAUUACAAAUAUUUGUUUAUACAGUAAUAUAAUUUUAUCGCUACUCGUGCCCCGCUGAACAGUAGUUCGUCUUUGUUCGCUGAAUGCCGUAAACCGCCACGAUCAUCGUCUCUUUUUCCGGUUAAUUUGUCACCAUGGACACGAGCAUAGCCAGUAAAAAGUUUAAGGAGCAGCUUAUCAAAAAUGUGAAAAAAGAAGUGAAACAAAUUAUGGAAGAAGCUGUAACCAGGAAAUUUGUACAUGAAGAAAGUGGCUCGAUAACAUCUCUUUGCGCGGCUGUUGAAGCAUGCCUGUCACAAGGACUACGGCGAAGAGCAUUAGGUUUGUUUAAAACUAGUUCAACAACAGCACUAUUGCACAAAAUGGCGAAAAAUUUUGAACCAGCUUCCAUAAUUAGUCUAAAAGUUCAAGAAAUGGAAAAUUCCGACCCAAAUAGUGGUGAUAGCUGUACAACUAGAGCUGCAUCUGUGAACAGUACACUGACUGGUAGUAUAACUCUUCCAAAUGUUCAUCCACCACCGUUAACAAAAAAAAAUUCAGCGGGUAGUGGUUUAGGCCCUUCAUCUAUUACUCUUCCAAAGUAUUUGUGGAUUCGCCUAGCAUUGUUUGAAAAACUUUUGGCUGUGAUAAUUGAUCAUCUAGUUCAAAAUUGCAGCAAAUAUUACGAAAAAGAUUCUUUAGUAGCAGAUCCAGAUUAUGGGAGCAUUUUAAGUUCUCUUCUUGGUAACUAUGUGUGUGUGUGU